AUGACAAACACUUGUCAACCCAAAUCUACCUCUGCUAGAUCUGCUAGUCCUGCAUCAGUAACUAAUAAAUCUAGUGUCAACGGUGAUUCCCUUGUUGGAAGUCCGCCCACUAAUGUGAUCCGAAAUGUUCCGCAAAGCUCAGAUGAAUAUCAAGUUUAUGCAAAAAAAUCAGAUGAAGACAAUCAAGAGCAUAAAUUGCGACGAGCAUCUAGUAAUUCGAGCACACCUCAGCGAUACUUAAAUGGUGGAGCUGAUCUAGCUUCCCGAUUAGUCUCGUCUAACUCACCGCCACAAAAAAUCCAGCAAGGUAUCACAAAUGGAAAUGGUGAUUCUGCCAAUGGUGGAAAUUGGAAUGCUUUAGGAGGACUACAAUGGAAUAAUGUGAAUAGCAGUUCUUCAUAUGAAAGGGAAAUAAGCUCGCCUCCAGGCAUCACUGGAAAAUUACCUGUCCCAGUCCCUCCAAAUCCACAGUAUCGUCAACAUCGAAGCCUUUCUUUUUCGGUUGGACAACAUGAUACUGAUUUGUUUGGUUGUUACGUUCCUGCAUCAGCAUCUCGUCGUGAAAGCGAGGGUGGCUUGCGUUUUGCAUAUCGACAUUCUCUUCCGGUGAUGGAAGAGGAAACUGAUGAUUUUUCACAAUUUGGUAUGAAAUUCCGCACUCGAUCAAAAUCCUCCGCUGCCGCAUAUGGAGUUAUUUCUGGUCACCAUGAUCUUCCGCAUGGAGAUGAAAUGAGUAGUUAUCGACGUGAUUCUGAACAAUAUUCGGAAUCUAGUUCAAUUUGGAACAAUCAGGGUUCUCAGAGUGAUGGGCCUAUGCUUCAUCAUAGACGUUCUGUUCCUGGUACAUCGGAUUAUGGAAAUAUGUGGGAUUUAAACACACCCAGACAACCACCACCAGCUUCUUCAUACUUAGCAGUCAUGACUGGUUUACCUGCCGAUCGCGAACGUUUAGAAAAAAUUAGGCAACGUCGUUUCUCUCUUUCACAGGCGCCAACAUAUGCACAUGAGUACCAAUAUAUGGAUGGAGGUCAGGACUUACGAGUACUAAAUCAUCGUACAACAAUUGAUCCAGCAUUUGCUCAUCUUGUGCAAAGACGACAUUCAGUUGCAGGACCUCCGAUUUCUUUUUCAAACAACCAAUCAUCUCGAUAUAAUAUAAACGAUGCAUUGGAAUCUCUCCAUUUAAGUAAUGUACAGCAGGCAACAUAUACCCAUGAUACAGCGUAUGCUAGCAUUCCAGAAGACAUUGAUGAUUAUUUUGAUAAUGACGAACAUCGUACGCGGGCGUGGAAUGAACUUGGAAAGGGUCUCCCACUUCAUGCUGUUCCUACACAUGGUCCUUUAUUUCUUGUUGAAUUCAAAGCAGGUCGUACUGACCUAUUUUACGUUGCCGAAAAUAGUGGAAAUAUGGUUAAAAAAGGUGAUCUAGUUAUUGUUGAGGCGGAUCGAGGCAAAGAUUUGGGAAAAGUAACCAAUGAUUCAAUCAUGCCUCAUCAAGUUCAGUUGCUGCAACAGCAACAUGCUGAUUCUAUGAGUGAUGGUCAUCGUAUGAACAAAGAAAUUCAUCCGAAACGUAUUUAUCGAUUAGCACAGCCUGCGGAAGUCACAAUGCUUGUUACAAAGAGUCAAGACGAAGCAAAGGCUAUGCUAGUUUGUCAGACUAAGGUUCGUCAAAAGAAACUGCCAAUGGAAGUUGUCGAUGCUGAAUACCAAUGGUGUGUUUACUGUUUGCAUAAUUUUGCUAUUUAUCAUAUUACAUUAUAA